AUGGCAACACGACAUCAAGUAGACUUAUAUUUAUUACCUCAUACUUCACUGUAUCCUUCAUUUAUACAUAAAAAAGAGGACUUAGAAAGUAUCCUUCUCGUGCCAAGUACAUUUACUUCAAAGAGUGAAUGGGACCUUGUAUUGCCAUUCCUUUUAGCUAAGGGCAAAUAUCACUUGGUUAUCCCAGAUUUCUCAUGUUAUGGAGAAAGUGUAUCAGCCGAUGUAGCGGCUGGUAGAACUCGACAGUUGUUUUCCAUACGAGAAUCUUCGGCUCUCUUGGCUCAUCUCAUACGUAAAGUUGCCAUCAAUGGAAAGGCAAAAAUUGUUGGUCUAAGCUUGGGAGCUAUCAUUGCUAUUAGUGUGGCGUCUUUAUAUCCUGACGUUGUGAACGACGCGGUGUUUGUAUCGGGAUAUGAAGUCUAUCCGAACCUAGACCCAGCUGGAAUAGCGCCCUAUGGGUUAUGGGCGAUAAAUAAGAUUGAAAGACUCGUUCCCACCAGUUUAAUUAGAUGGGCUAUGGAUGGUGCUGAUGUACAACAGGAGCUGCGAUCUGGUACUAACGGUAGUAGUAUAGCUGUAUGCAGAGAGAUAAUUCGUUGUCUAUCUGGUGUGGAUUCCUGGCCGCCGAUACCGUGGCCGUCACGUACAAUGGUUGUAGCUGCAGGAAAAAAAAACUGGUUUCUUCCUUCCGCAGACCAUCCCGAAGAUGCGAAAAAGUUGGCGGAUAUUGGAAAGGUCAUGAACGAUAAAACUGUUGCCGUGGUCCAUCCUCUUAUGAGGCAUCCCUGGAAUAGGCAAGCACCUGAAUAUUUUGCUGAGGCGAUUUGGACAUGGUUUGAGAAGGGGAAAGUAGAGGAAGGAUUUCAUCAUUUGUGA